AUAUAAUUUCCUUUAUUCAUGAGAUAAAAACCUUGAGCAAAGGUCAAAAAUCGAUGAAUACAAUCACAAAGUUACAAAAUAAACAGCAAAGGUCAGCUCACGUCUCUCCACGGACCAUUCUUCUGGUGUUAUUCAACCUCUCACUUUCUCUCUCAUGGCCGCCAAGAAGAACAGUGAAGCAAUCUACCUCUUACCUAUUUAGUUACAUACUAAUAACAGAUCUUCUUCAACACAAACCACAUCCAGCUCCCCCCCUCUUGUUCUCCUUCUUGAUUAGCGUGCUUGACUCAGUUUGAAUCCAUUUUCUCGUUCAAAGAAAAGUGGCUAUUUUUUCUAUUCACCAAUUCUUGUUUCGAGAAGAUCCCUUUUUCUUGAAUUGAAAAUUCUCUGCAAUUUCGUCGUUUUCUUUUAUUUUAUACAAAAGGGCUUCAGAGAAAGUAAAUAGGUUUUGUUGUAAAGAUUGCUUUUCCCCCCCUUCUUUAGUCUGCAAAUUACAGGAAUUGAAAUGGGGAGUAAGUGGAGGAAAGUGAAAAUGGCUUUUGGAUUGAAUUUGUGUGUGUACGGCCCUAAAAAUCUUGUUGCCGACAAUGAUGACGAUGAGGACUCUCGGCCGCCAUCAGAGCGGCGGUCUGACGCGGCUCUGCUGUCGCCACCAGGGGACUGGACGUCUGCUCCGCCUACGCCGGGCUCCAUUAAGCUGAGGUUUUCCAAAAGCUUGAGUAGAUCUUCUUCUAAGAAAACCUGCUCGAUAUGCUUGGCAUCUAUGAAACGAGGGGACGGUCAAGCUAUAUUCACCGCCGAGUGCUCACACUCAUUUCACUUCCACUGUAUCGCCUCGAACGUGAAGCAUGGUAACCAAAUCUGCCCCAUCUGCCGAGCAAAAUGGAUCGAAAUUCCAUUUCAGGGACCCACACUCGACCUCCAACCCAGAAAAUCCAGGAUAAAUCCACUCGACUCGGCUCAAAAUGACCUAAAUACCCUCGUCCGCCGGCUGCCUCCUCCCGCCCGUCCGAAUUCCAGCCGAAAUGCAGUUCCGCCGCUGUUUCAGCCCCCCGAGCCCACAGUCUUCAACGACGACGAGCCUCUCGACCAAUUAACUGACCCAUAUAAAAACCCCACUGAUUCUGACGACCAAAGAAAAGUCGAUAUAAAAACAUACACAGAACUCUCAUCCGUUCCGAAAUCCAUCUCGGUCGAUAGCUUCACCGUCCUAAUCCACCUGAAAGCAUCGAGGAUCAGCCGAACCCCACGAGUGCCCGUCGACCUCGUCACAGUCCUCGACAUAAGUGGAAGCAUGUCUGGCACAAAGCUAGCACUUUUGAAACGGGCCAUGGGCUUCUUGAUCCAAAACCUCGGCCCGAACGACAGGCUGGCGGUUGUUGCCUUCUCCUCCACCGCCCGCCGUCUCUUUCCCCUUCGCCGGAUGUCCGAGUCCGGCCGACAGCUGUCCCUCCACGCCGUGAACUCGCUCGUCGCCGGCGGUGGGACCAACAUAGCCGAGGGCCUGAGGAAAGGCGCUAAAGUGAUGGAGGAUCGAAGAGAAACGAACCCCGUCUCCAGCAUAAUCCUCCUGUCUGACGGUCAGGACACGUACACAGUCAACGGCCCGAACAAGCCCGACUACAACCUUCUUCUCCCGUCUUCCAUUCUCCCAGUCCACGCGUUCGGGUUUGGCGCGGAUCACGACGCCUCGUCCAUGCACUCGAUUUCCGAGAUGUCGGGAGGGACUUUUUCGUUCAUCGAGACCGAAAGCAUAAUACAAGACGCGUUCGCGCAGUGCAUCGGUGGGCUUCUGAGUGUGGUCGUAAAAGAUUUACGCGUCUCGGUUGAGUGCGUCGAUUCGAAUAUCCGUCUCGGGACGAUAAAAUCCGGGAGCUAUUCGAACCGCAUGGAAUCUAAUCGACGUUCGGGAUUGAUCGAUGUGGGAGACCUUUACGCGGACGAGGAACGCGAUUUUCUCGUCUAUUUGAAUCUUCCCGCCGGCGAAAAUUCCGGCGAGUUGAUGAACGUGACGUGCGUUUACAACGAGCCCUUGACGAACGAGUCGGUGACUUUAGGAAUCGAACGCGUUCGAGUCGAGCGGAGCUCGGCAGCUCCCGAGCAGGAGGAGGUCUCGAUCGAGGUCGACAGGCAGAAGAACAGAGUGCAGGCGACAGAGGCUAUGGCUCGGGCUCGUGUGGCGGCCGAGAGCGGUGACCUGGCGGGUGCCACGUCAGUGCUCGAGAGCAUUCGGGCUAUGCUGUUGGAGAGUGCUUCGGGUAAGUCGCGGGACCCGCUUUGCCUGGCGCUGAUUGCGGAAUUGAAGGAGAUGCAAGAGAAGGUGGCGAGUCGACAAGUGUACGAGGCUUCCGGGAGAGCUUACAUUUUGUCGGGACUGAGUUCGCAUUCGUGGCAGAGGGCAACGACGAGGGGGGACUCGGUGGAAGUGUCGUCGGGCGUUUUGGGUGCUUAUCAGACGCCAUUGAUGGCGGAGAUGGUGACUCGUUCGCAGGCGAGUCUGUCGGUUCAGAGGCUUCUGAGGCCCGUUUGGUCGUUUGCGAGACGAAGCUGAGGUGAAUAUGGUUAACUUUUUUUUUUUUUUUUGAAGGAAUAUAUAUAGUGUGUUUUGGGGAAGGAAUUGGGAAGGAUUUAGUUUGUAGGGGUUAAGAUAGCAACUCUUUUGUUUGUAUGUUAGUUGUGUGAUGGUUAUUGGUGGGGGUGAUGUAGAUAAGGCUAAGGGGGUAUAUGGUGUUUGAGGUAUAAUGUGAGUGAUGCGUAUAACAGUUUGUAAUUGUUGGGAUGAUACUGCUGUUUAGUGAACUGAACUAUGUCUACCUUUUGAUGUGUAAGAAUUGUAUUGUGAUUUUGUUGG